ACACGUGGACCCAAGAUGGCGGCGGCGAUGGAGUGGCUACCGAGAUCCCUGCUGCUUCUCGCUCUUCUGUGUGAAACGAGAGCCUUCUACGUCCCUGGGGUUGCUCCAAUCAACUUCCACCAGAAUGACCCUGUGGAAAUCAAGGCUGUGAAGCUCACCAGCUCUCGCACCCAGCUACCUUAUGAAUACUACUCACUGCCCUUCUGUCGGCCCCGCAAGAUCACCUACAAGGCGGAGAAUCUGGGAGAGGUGCUGAGAGGGGACCGGAUUGUCAACACCCCUUUCCAGGUUCUCAUGAAUAGUGAGAAGAAGUGUGAGGUUCUGUGCAGCCCGGCCAACAAACCCAUGACGCUGACCGUGGAGCAGAGCCGGCUGGUGGCUGAGCGGAUCACAGAGGACUACUAUGUCCACCUCAUUGCCGACAACCUGCCUGUGGCCACCCGCCUGGAGCUCUACUCCAGCCGUGACAGCGAGGACAAGAAGAAGGAGAAGGACGUGCAAUUUGAGCAUGGCUACCGGCUGGGCUUCACGGACGUCAACAAGAUCUAUCUGCACAAUCACCUCUCGUUCAUCCUUUACUACCACCGGGAGGACGUGGAGGAGGACCAGGAGCACAUGUACCGCGUCGUCCGCUUCGAGGUGAUUCCCCAGAGCAUCAGGCUGGAGGACCUCAAAACAGAUGACAAGAGCUCAUGCACCCUCCCCGAGGGGACCAACUCCUCACCCCAAGAAAUUGACCCCAGCAAGGAGAAUCGGCUCUUCUUCACCUACUCUGUACACUGGGAGGAAAGCGACAUCAAGUGGGCCUCUCGAUGGGACACUUACCUGACCAUGAGUGACGUGCAGAUCCACUGGUUUUCCAUCAUCAACUCCGUGGUGGUGGUCUUCUUCCUGUCGGGCAUCCUGAGCAUGAUCAUCAUCCGGACCCUCCGCAAGGACAUUGCCAACUACAACAAGGAGGAUGACAUUGAGGACACGAUGGAGGAGUCGGGGUGGAAGCUGGUGCACGGCGACGUCUUCCGGCCCCCGCAGUAUCCCAUGAUCCUCAGCUCCCUGCUGGGCUCGGGCAUACAGCUCUUCUGUAUGAUCCUCAUCGUCAUCUUUGUGGCCAUGCUGGGCAUGCUGUCACCCUCCAGCCGGGGAGCUCUCAUGACCACCGCCUGCUUCCUCUUCAUGUUCAUGGGGGUGUUCGGUGGCUUCUCCGCUGGCCGUCUGUACCGUACGCUGAAAGGCCACCGGUGGAAGAAGGGCGCUUUCUGCACAGCAACGUUGUAUCCUGGGGUUGUGUUCGGCAUCUGCUUCGUGCUGAACUGCUUCAUCUGGGGAAAGCACUCGUCGGGAGCGGUGCCCUUCCCGACCAUGGUGGCUCUGCUCUGCAUGUGGUUUGGGAUCUCCCUGCCCCUCGUCUACCUGGGCUACUAUUUCGGCUUCCGCAAGCAGCCAUAUGACAACCCCGUGCGCACCAACCAGAUCCCCCGGCAGAUCCCCGAGCAGCGGUGGUACAUGAACCGGUUUGUGGGCAUCCUCAUGGCCGGGAUCCUGCCCUUCGGAGCCAUGUUCAUCGAGCUCUUCUUCAUCUUCAGUGCCAUCUGGGAGAACCAGUUCUAUUACCUCUUUGGCUUCCUGUUCCUCGUCUUCAUCAUCCUGGUGGUGUCCUGCUCCCAGAUCAGCAUCGUCAUGGUCUACUUCCAGCUGUGUGCAGAGGAUUACCGCUGGUGGUGGAGGAACUUCCUGGUCUCUGGGGGAUCUGCGUUCUACGUCCUGGUCUACGCCAUCUUUUAUUUCGUUAAUAAGCUGGACAUCGUCGAGUUCAUCCCCUCCCUCCUCUACUUUGGCUACACGGCUCUCAUGGUCCUGUCUUUCUGGCUGCUCACGGGCACCAUCGGCUUCUACGCUGCCUACAUGUUUGUGCGCAAGAUCUACGCCGCCGUGAAGAUCGACUGACUAACCAGGGUGGACCAUGGCCAGGCCCACUCUGUCCUCGGACAGGAAAGCCACCCUGCGUGGGGACCCGCAGGCACACAAAAUAAAAGUAACUCCUGCUCAUUUGGAAUGUGACUCCUGGCACGGUGUUCCUGGAUCUGGGGCUGCGCGGGGAGGGGCGACCUGUAGAUAAUCCUGCAUUUUCCUUCAUCAUCAUAUUCCAGUUCUAUGGGGGAUGACUUUUUUGGUGGGUUCCCCCCACACCUUUUUUUUUUCUUCCAUGCUAAAAAAGUUCCUUCCAGCAGGAACUCUUGAACCUGUUUAUUCAGGUUUGUUUUGGGUUUGAGCUUUUGGGGUUUUUUUUCCCCCCUAAGUGUUUUAUUUUGGACAAGUGGAUCCAGGAUGGAUAAAUUCACCGUGAUGCUGGGUUUUGGUCACUGGCUCCACCUCAGUUCCUCAGAGCUGCUGGCCACCCCAUGAUGACCUGGAAGAGGAGGUGCCGGGAGGCCCUCCUGGGGCCGUGCCCCUGCCGGCGGGCCUUCACCACUGAGUCCAGGAUAGAGCACAGCGCGCGGCCCAGACCUGUGUGCUUAGUGCCAACCAGCCUCCGCCACCUGUGCCCGAGAGGGCUUCAGCCAAAAGAGCAAGCUCGAACCACCCUGGCACAGAGCAUCAGGAGGGUGCUGUACCCAGCCAGGAGGAAGAGAAGAGACUUGCGGUAGCCUGGCCCCCAGCACUGCACCAAGGAACCUGGAACCAGGGCCGAGUCUGUCUGCGGAGGGGGACUGCAGCCGCCCCGUCGGGAUUGCACCGAUCUGCAGGAGGCUGCUCCUCUCCCCAGCAUGUGCUGGAAACAGGCCCCUCCUUUUGUGGGCAGGGAGGGCCUUCUCUGUGUGGGGUCCCGGGCCUCCCUCCAUGUCCACACUCUCACACACACACACACACACACACACACACACACAGCCGCCUCUCCAGGACUCCCAGAAAAGAAAGCACUGUGAGGAGAAAGGGGAGGUAAGUGCUGCGGGGCCUGCCCGAGGCCCUAGGGCUGGUCAGGGGCCCAGGCUCUGGGCAGUUAGGACAGGGCUGCUCCACCCCACCCUGUCCCACCCCCACGUCAAAACCGUUCGUGGUCCAAGACCAAACCCACUCUGGGUGAGCGGGUAAGUGGGACUCCCAUCACGAGACACAGCUCCCGCUGCAGGGGGGCUAGCUACACCCCCAGUCUCCCAGCAGCCCUCACCAGCUCCAUCAGUCCAGCCAGUGAGCUGCUCACUGGUCUCUUGGUGACCGGCAGUGCCAAGCAGUGUCCACCAAGAUCCCAUCAAAGAGAGGGAACCCAAGCAUAAAGAAUGAUUUUGAAGUCAUUCAUUCAACCUUGAAUUCCCCGCCCCCCCCCCAAGAGGUUGGUUUGUUUUUUUUGUGGGGGAGGGAGUGGGAGUGGGGCAAUGACUCCUCUGAGGGAUCAGUCAGUAUCGAUUUCUCUCUUUUUUAAUCCUCAUCACUAUUGUUUUUAAUUACACAAUGCCUGUAUGCCUUUUUUCGGUCCAAAUUGUAAAUAAAUGUGUCAUCACCCUGUG